GGAGAAGCGGACUGACUGCCCAGCGAGCCUUCGUCCCCCUUCUCGAUCGUAUGGACGCGAGGGGAACGAAUGCAGCUCGUGACUCUGCAGGAAGCUCUCUGUGCUCAGACCUCGGAGAUGAGAGAUGAGGGCCACGAUGUUCGCGAUCACAUGGAUUUGUAUCCCGAUUGUGAUCUUGUGUUUGGAAUGGGCGGACCGGGCCCUCUUCUCGGGCCGACUGUCUUUGACUUCAGGAGCCCGGAUGUCACAUGAGUCAACAACCGGCGGCACAAUGUGUGGGUCCCACUUGAUCUAAGAGGUCGGAAGCAAAUCCCUCGUCGCUAGUUCAAUCUCUCCUGAAGGGCGUCCGUAAUCGAGGAGCACGCGCUACUGAAACAUUUUGGAAACCUCUGCGACGGAAUUUGUGCAAGUCAUUUCGACAGAGAUCGGAGUCUAUGCUGCGGAAUCCUCAUCAGGCUGCUGGCAGGAAAGGAGAUAGAUUCUCAGAAAGUUUUUCCUUGUGGAGUGUCGCAUUUUGGGGACGGAAUGAGAGAUUUCUUAAUUAGGGUCCCCGAGCGUCGACGGUAGUCGAUGGAAAUGUUGUCGAGUAGAGAUUUAUCGGAGGCGAUGGAGACGAGCAGAACAGUAAGAACGCUGGAGGUUGGGAAGAAGAACAGGGAUGAAGCAUUAGUGGCUGAGCUGAUGAGGCUAGAGAAGAGAAUUUUCCCAAAGCAUGAAUCGUUAGCGGAGAGCUUUAGUCAAGAGAUUCAGCGCCGCAAUGGUGGUGUGCUGUACGUCAUGGAGGACACCGCUGGAUCUGGCGACUCUUCGGAAGGUAGAGGACGGGGAGUAGCAGGCUAUCUGAUGUACUCGUGCACCUCCCUUAUGGCUAUCAUCACCAAACUUGCAGUGCGAGAGAAUUGCCGUCGGCAAGGCUAUGGCGAAACUCUGCUGAGAGCGGCUAUAGAGAAAGUUCGGUCGAGGAAAGUGAUGUGCGUCAGUCUUCAUGUCGACCCACUGCGGGAGCCUGCUUUUUCUCUUUACAAAAAGCUGGGCUUUGAAGUGGAGACUCUCGUCCAUUCCUACUACGCGCCCCAACGAGAUGCUUAUAGAAUGGUGCUGACCUUCGAUUCGGAUUGAGUGACACUUGCAAGCACGUCCGAUCUCUCCUCUUAGUGACAAUGUCGGAAGGCGCUCUCUUUCACCUCACAUACGCCGCUGAAUACUGCCAGCAGCACUCCUUCCAAAGCCGACGCUCAAUUAGGAAGUGACUGCUGUCUUACAGUGGGCAGUGGAAACAUCUUCCAUUCAUGAUCGGUGCAAAGCACUGCGUUGACUCAUAGAGAUAGAAGACAUGCUGCAGCUAUUUUGAAGUCCAGUGCCUGACUCUGAUGGCGGAAUCAUCUUGUCGGGGUUGUGCAGUCUACAGGAUCGGUGCAUUUGGUGGGCGGUGGUUGUGCACUGGGGAUUAUAGCUUGCGCUCGCUGUGUGUGGCCCUUGUGAACUUGCUCUCUCGGAGCUCAGAUCCUGUGUUAGCAGCGUAUCACUCCAACACAGCAGUAGCAGAUAUUCUGAUCGUGGAGAGUGUUGGGCUAGAUUUUGGUGUGUCUUAGAGAAUGAUUAGAAUCCUCUCGACGCAUUCAUUCUACAGCUGAGUCGUGCUGUGCAGUACUUCCUUAACUCUUCCCCGAGGAAUGGGAGAUUGACGUACUUGCGAUAAUGCGCUGGGGACCAAAAGCUUUCCUGUUCUUACGGCAGAUAUCGAAAUGCCCUUUCACCUGGAUUCCUGGAGUCGUGGCACUUGCUGCGCGUGACCCAGAUUGGCACAUCGCCUGCUCACCCACUGCAACAACUUUUCCCAGAUUCGCACGCAUCUCAUCAGAAAAUGCGGCACAAGAUUGCAAAAAGUGUUAUCCAACUGUAAGCGAUGCCUUGUCCCAGCUGAGCCAGAGUGCCAUGGAGUUGACCUUUGGAUGGAUCGUCUGUCAACGUCAGUCUUACCUCUGGGACAGAUCACAAAAUUCUUUGUACUCUACAAUCUGAAUGUAAAGUGUCGGAGGAGUUUGCACAGG